GCUGGAACAGAAGCAAACACAAACCUUCUGAGGAAUCAGAACCAAAACAUUCAGAACCAGCACAGGGAUCACAAGGUUCUGAGGCGGACCGGUUUCGGUUCGGGUCCGGUGGUUCAUCAUUUCACCAUGGACCUGAUCAGAACCUGGAGGAUAUCAAUAACGUCUCCAGAACCUCAGCUGACCUCAGAACCGAACCGUUCCGAGCCAAUCAGAGAGCAGGACCAGCUAAUCGACCCUCUGAUUGGCUCUCCGCUCAAUCAGUCAAUUAACAUGAGAUCGAUCAGCUCACGCGCGGAGCGGGCACACGGUCACGCGCUGAUGUCAUCAUUCCACGGUUCCGCCGCAAGCCAGAGCAGGUUCGGCUCCAACGGGACGGCGAGCAUCAGAACCGGUUCUGAUUCCGACCCGGGCGGUAAGGGAGGCCUGGGGCUCCUGCAGCCGGGCAGCAACGCUGUUGGUCGGGCAGAGGGAGUCCGGGCGCCCGGUGUGUUCCUGCAGGGCUGCGUCUCGUGGAUGGAAGUGUGCCGCUCAGCGAUGGGACCAGAGAGAGUGCUGCCGAGCUCAGAGGACGAGCUGGGGGAGGACGAGCGUCCGGUGGACGGGGCGGUGCUGCCUGGGGGGGAGGACGGAGUGGAGGAAGAGGAGGAGGAGAGCGGCGGGUACUACUACCAGCCUCUGAACCAGGACCCGGACGGACCCGGGGAGCCGGAGGAGGAGGACAGGGGGGACACGUCCCACUCGGAGCAGCUGCAGCACAGGAUAGAGGUGAUGGGUCUGCACCUACCUGAAGCUCCGCCCCCAGACAGCGACGAGGAGGAGGACCCGGAGGGGGCGGCGGCGCAGAGGAGCCGAGCGUCCAUCCCCAUGGAUCCAGCCCAUGUGGAGCUGGUGAAGAGGACGAUGGCGGGCGUGGCGCUGCCCUCGCUCGGCGUGCCGCCCUGGGCGCAGCAGAUCUCCGACGCCCAGUGGAGCGAUCUGGUCCAGAACGCGCUGCAGGAGCGCCAGAGUUCUGCCGGGCUGCGGAUGCUGCGCCGGAACCACGUCCCCUGAACGCACCGCCAGCAGCUGCAGCCUCGGCCGCUCCUGGUUCCGAUCCGACCCAGAUAACUGUUUACUGACUCUUUCUUCUUCUGUGGUUUAGUCUGGACCAGCUUCCUUCCCGUCUCAUUGCUCUCAUGUUUCCUGUUGUGUGUAGAAACAGGAAGUGGUCAUACAUGUGGGCGGGAUCUGCUUUAUUUCUGCUGUACAUGAACAUCUGUACAAAUCACCGUGUGAUGCUCAAUAAACAUCUGGAACAGC